AUUUCAUUAUUUGUUUUAUUGACAACAAAUGCUAUCUCAAACUUCAUUUUUUUUACAAUUUAUUGUGACUUUUCUUAUUUUUAAUAUUAACAUAGUAUGGGCAUCAAAUAUUGAUAAAUUUGUUGGCAAUGUGAAAAACAUCACAGUAUAUACUUUAAAAGAUGAAAACUAUUUAAAUGAUAAUGACAUAUAUAAAUCUUUAAAAUUAAAUAUAUCUUGGUUAUCACCAAAUGGGAAUAAGCAACCUUCCUCAUACAGUGUCAUAGUAACAAGCAUAUCAAGUGAAAAAUCAAAUCUUGCAAUUUGUCCAGAAGGAACACUGUAUUAUAGAACACAAAAUAACAGUCAACUUAAUGUUUUACUACCACAAAAUAAGUUAUCAAUUGAUGUACCAGAGAUGUAUAUUCAUCCAAGCUGCUCAUACAAGAUAGAAGUUUAUGCUAAUCCAAGAACAAAGCCAACGGGAACGGCACAAGAGAUAAUUUAUAGAGUUCCAGAAUGUAUAGAUAAUAAAUGCACUUGUACAAAUAAAAAAUCUGUAUUACCAAUCCCUCGUGUAAAUGUGACUGUUAAGACAUGUCAUGUCUUAAUUACAUGGAGUAUAGAAACUAAUGAUAGUUAUGUACAUUCCUACAGAAUUUGUAUAGGAGUACCUCUUUUAAUAUCAAAAGCAGGAUUUCCUGUAUAUAAUAUUUCACAAAUAGGUAUUACCAAAGCAAAAACUAAUAUUUUUUUAUGGAAUCUACAUAAUGGUUAUCAGUGUAAUGAAUUACAAGAUAAUUACAAAGUAUUUGUAACUGCAACAGAUGAUCAUGGUUGUUUAGGUAAUGAUGGAACAUUUAUCAUCAAUUUGAUGGAUCAGAAUUCAUCAUUGCAAAGUUAUUUUAUUGUGUUAGUGCCUGUUACCAUUAUCUCCAUAAUAUUCAGUUUGCUUAGUUUUAUUUUUUUUAAAAAGAAGAAACGAAAAUUCAUUUGGAGAGAAGGACAUACAUCACGAAUACAGGCAAUAGAUUCUAUUUCUAAGUGUAAAUCAAAUUGGGCGAAUUCUAUUCUUCGAAAACAUAAUAUUCUAUAUACUCAAUGCAAUGCCGAGGUUAUACCAUGUAAACAUGAAACAAAUGAAUUUGAAAUCCCAUAUAAUUCUUUAAAACUGACUUCUGAAUUGGGUGAAGGCCAAUUUAGUAAAGUUUAUCUUGGAUAUAUAAAUAACGAUGCAACACCAGUAGCAGUUAAGAUGUCAAGGCUAUCAAAUGAAUUAAAUAAAUUAGAUAUAUACCGAGAAUUUAUGGAGGAGAUUGAAAUAAUGAUAAAAGCAGGACAACACCCACAUUUAGUUAAUCUUAUGGGUUAUUCCAUUGUGCCAAAUAAAUCUAUAUGUAUAAUUUUAGAAUAUCUGGAAGGUGGUAAUUUAUUGGGAUAUUUGCAUUCAAUAAGAGAUAAAAAAGCUGAAUGUGGAUACAUAAAAAAUAUUUUUAAUAGAUAUGGAUUUAGAUUUGGUUCUUCAGAAACAUUAUAUACAACAAUAAAUAGUAUAUCUUCAACACAUUCAAAAAAUGACAAAUUGAAAUUACCUAGUUUAAGAUAUAUUAAUUUAGAGUCUUCUAAAAAAGAAGAAAAUGCAUUAAAUGCGCAGGCUGAAGUUGAAAGAAAUCAAUUUAUACAAUUUGCUCUUGACAUUGCAAAAGGAAUGGAACAUUUGGAAUCUAAAAGUAUUAUUCAUAGAGAUCUUGCUGCAAGGAAUAUUUUACUUACUUCAGAUCUAUCUUUAAAGAUAUCUGAUUUUGGACUUUCUCGAAAUGGAAUCUAUACUAUAAAUGAUAAGUCAAACAAAGUACGUCAACUUCCAGUACGCUGGAUGUCUCCAGAAACUUUACAAGAUCGUAUAUUUUCUUCUAAGAGCGAUGUAUGGUCAUUUGCUGUAGUAUUAUGGGAGAUUGGUACUUUUGGAGCAUUUCCAUAUUCACAUGUACCAGAUGACAAGUUAUUAGAACAUAUAAUCAUUGAAAAACAAUGCUUAAGUCAGCCAAAGAAUGUUCCUUGCGAUAUUUAUAAAAUAAUGCAAUAUUGUUGGGCAUUUCAACCAGAGAAUAGACCUACUUUUGCACAACUUGUAUUGGAUUUACAAGCUUUAAUAGGAUUUUUACCUUUACAAAGCGGAAAAAAUAAUCCUUGUUACACAUUACUGUCCUAUCCUUAAAAUAUGUAAUAGAGCAAAACGAAAGUUGCAACUAUCAGUAAUGGAAACAUAAAUGAAAAUUGUACCUAUGUUUUGAUAUUAAACAAUAGAUAUUUAAAUAAAACUAACUGUCAUAUUUUUA